CGGAAGUGAUGUUUGUGUACUCUGUCAGUGGUUGGGUUGUCGUAGGCCGAAUAAUUUAUGUUAAUAAUUAAACAAUAACUCCUAGGCGAAAAGCGAAUCGAAGCGUCCGCCUAUUUUCGUGGUUUGCUCACCAGAGGGAUGAGCGGACAGAUGGAGCGGCGCGGGAUCCACGUAGACCAGUCCGAGUUGCUGUGCAACAAGGGAUGCGGUUUCUACGGAAACGCGGCCUGGCAGGGGCUCUGCUCCAAGUGCUGGCGAGAGGAGAACCAGCACGCGCGGCAGAAACAGAUCCAGGACGACUGGGCCCUGGCAGCACGGCUGCAGAAGGAAGAGGAGGCUGCCUACGCCAGUAGCCACCAUGGGCCGCAGGCCCCGCCGGGCCCCCAAGGGCCACAGUCCCACUCCUCCAGUCCCAUCUCCUCCUUCGCAAAGUUCGAGGACAAGAAGACCAACGAGAAGUCCCGCAAGGUCACCACGGUCAAGAAGUUCUUCAGUCCGUCAUCCAGAACGCAGCCAAAGAAAGACUCCGGGCCCCCAGACACUCCGUCCCCCAGCACCAGCAGGGUCAGUGGGGAGAUGGACCGGGCCACGCACGAGUUCAUCGACUUCCUCAAGACCCUGCACAAGCCCGGCCGCGAGAUCUUCAAGCAGUGCCGCGCCUUCACCGAGACCAUGGCCUACAAGCGGGACAUGAGUGCAGAGGAUCAGUCCGAGUGUGUCCAGGACUUCUACCAGAACCUGUCCGAUAAGCUGCAUGUCCACUACAAAGGAGCCACAGAGAAAGUAGAGUUAGUGAUGGACGAGGUGGAGAAGUAUAUGAUGAUCCGGCUCUACGAAGAUGUCUUCUGUCCCGAGACCACGGACGACGAGAAAAAAGACCUGGCCAUCCAGAAGAGAAUCAGGGCGCUACACUGGGUGACUAUUAAGAUGCUGGGCGUCCCUGUGAAUGAGGAGAUCCCUGCUGUGUCUGAUAACGUGGUGAAAGCCAUCACAGCCAUCAUCGAGGUGGACUCAAAGCGCGUGCCGCGGGAGAAACUGACGUGCGUGACGACGUGCAGCAAGCACAUCUUCAACGCCAUCAAGAUCACCAAGAACGAGGCGGCGUCGGCCGACGACUUCCUGCCCACGCUCAUCUACAUCGUGCUGAAGGCCAACCCGCCUCGCCUGCACUCCAACAUCCAGUACAUCACGCGCUUCUGCAACCCCAGCAGGAUCAUGACCGGGGAGGACGGAUACUACUUCACCAACCUGUGCUGUGCGGUGGCCUUCAUAGAGAAGCUGGACGGCCAGUCGCUGAACCUGAGCCAGGAGGAGUUCGAGCUGUACAUGAGCGGCGGGGCCUCGCCCCAGAAGCCCCUCAGCCCGCGGGCCAGCAGCGGCCCGGCUCCGGCGCACCACCAGAGCCUGGACCUGCUGAGCGGGCUGGACACGCGGCAGGAGCAGGUUCUGGACGGAGCGCGGCGCCUGGAGCGGGACCUGAUCGAGUGGUGCGACGGCGUGGAGACCAGCGUCCAGGACGUGCUCGACAAGUUCCCGCUCGACAGCGGCGGCGGCGGCAUUGCCACGGCAACAGGGGCGGCGGCACCGGAGGCACCGGCCGACCCGGCGACCGCCAUCGACUCGGACAACGUGGAGAACGACAAGCUGCCCCCGCCGCUCACGCCACAGCUGUUCGCUAGAUAGCUUAGCCGCGGGCGCUAACGCUAGCUCCAGCUAACGCUCCAGCCCUCCACACCAGCCCCCCCCCAGGCUCAGAGACCUCUCCCCCGCCACAGGGCACCUCCUGGGGGACACUCUGAGUGUGGCUCAGCCUGUUAGCCACUCACCUCCCAACCCCCACCCCCAUGCGUGUUUUCCUGGGUGUGCUUGCCACAGGGGUACUGAAGAUGGAGAUGGUGCUCCGCUCUCAUAGAAAAGACAUGCACAUGCUUCUACACACACACACACACACUGCACACACACACUCCUUUUGCCGCCUGCAAAAAACACUAACUCCUAGACAUACAUAUAAACACACACCAAGGACCCUGACUUUCAUAAUGAAGAUUCAUCCAGCAUUGGGACAAAGUUAAUCAUGCCUAUUCAGGGGUAAUGGCGGCGUAGGCAAGAGCUCCUUUAGAGAGGGCUCUUAUGCUAGGCUAGGCUCCUAUGCUAGGCUAGGCUAGCCCAGCAGACCAGACCUGUCUCAGGUGUUCAUGUCGGUGUGAUUUAGUUAAGAGUUCCCCAGAGCAACACACUCACAGAGAGACUGGUUCUACUGCCUCCAUGGUGGGGCAGUUGGGUAAGGCAGGGCUUCUCUACCUCCACAGGACAUAGCUUCAUUUCAGUCUUAGCAGGAAGACCGUGCCAAAUCCCUCUGACUUAAACCCGUAGUGUGGCACACGUGUGUGUAUGUGUGUGAACCCCGUGCAUCGUUGUAGUGCUGUUCCAGUGUGCAGCCUAGGAGUCCAAAUAGUGCUUCCGUGAAGUGGCCAAACCCCAUAUCCCUCCUCCCCAAGUGAAAGCUAGAUGAAGGGCCAAACCCCAUAUCCCUCCUCCCCAAGUGAAAGCUAGAUGAAGGGCCAAACCCCAUAUCCUCCUCCCCGAGUGAAGGCUAGAUGAAGGAAGAAAAAGUCUUAGUGACGCUAUUUAAUCAGAAAAACAAAACCAAACCUGUUGACCCCAGAUGUGCCCCCCCCCCCCAUAAGCAUGGCUGCAUUUUGUUUUAUAUGCCUGGGGUUGGACUCGGAUGAAUUGUACCCUGCCUGCGAAGGUCCCCUCCUGAGCUUGAACUAGAUGAAGUAACCCGUAGUGAGUGAGAGAGAGAGAGAGAGGUGCCGCAGGCAUAAAGCCUCCACGCCCCUCACAAUCACCUGAUAGAGCUUUCUGUGGACAGCCAUGUGUGGCCACUAGCUAGUUUUCAAAUUAACCUGAGAAAAAAAUAGUCCAAACAAAUCCUAAUAAUAUCUUGGCUCAAUGUGGGAGUUGCCUAAAGUAGGCCUAGUAGCCACUUUUUCAGUUCAGAGAUAUUUUUGACUUCAAGAGCACCCUGCAUAUUGGAAUGUACCGAUCUCUACAAAGAGCACUCAGCUUUUCCUUGUUUAAAUCCUAAUGAUAAUAAUAAUAAUAAUAAUCAUGAUACACAGCAACAGGAUUGGCCAGUGACCGCGCGGUCAGCUUGAGCUGGCCUGGCGACCUUCAGCACGAUUACGACCCGGGCGAUGCGAUCCGAGCGAUGUGUUCGUAAGGCCCUGAGGCAUGACAUGAAAGGAAAGCUAACUGCCCGUAGACUCUGGCUCUGGGAGACGUUGGUAACACUUUACUCUGCAUUUUGCACAAGGCUGAUAUAACCCUCUCAAACAUGCCAUGACCGAUACCUUUACUCACUGCCUUCAUGGUCACUGUCAGGUGGGACCGCGUCAGGCGUCAUGUUACCCUGACGAUCACAGAGUCUUUCACACAGUGGCAGUUUAAUAGAAUGUGACGCGCUGUUUUGGAAUCUGUUAUUCAGAGUGAAGAGAGUUGUUCACUGACCUCUGACUAUCAUGAUGCCUGAUAGUAGGUAUCUGUCAUGACCUGUUUAAGACAUUAAAGGAUCAUGUCACUCAUUUGACGGCAGGUUUGCGUAAAGUGUCACUGAAAGGUCUUUGAUAUUAGUUAUGUAUGGUUUUAUAUUUUAGACUGUUGUUGUUACUAUGUUUAUUUAUUUAUAGUAAUGACUUAAUGUAUCACAUAUUUAAGCACAUCUUGGUUACUCCUGCAUUUCUUUUCUGGAUUUCAUUUUUUUUUUCUCUCUCCCAGCAAUGAUGUUUCAUUAUGACAUUUUAAAGUGUGGGUUGAACAUUUCUAAUGGACUCUUUUUUUAACCAGAUAACUCCUGAUUUAAAGAUCUGUAUAAACUGUCUUACUAUUAAUAGUAACGUUGGUGUUUAUUUUUAUUCAAUCAUUGUGUAAGUAAGCUGUGUGCUUGGGUGUGGGUCAGAUCACAGUCGUGUCCCUUAACAUUGUAAUUCAUGGCAGACGGCGAUCAAUAUGGCAUGUCCCAUUGAUGACAUCGUGUGGUUUGUCUUUGAAGUAUUUAAAUAGCAGCGGGCCAUCUGUGUAUAAGCACAGGAUGUCUAUAGUGGCCAAUAGUUGUAUUUAUGAAUUACAUUGAGAUGAAUUAAAAAAACAAGUGAAAAUC